AUGGAAGCCAAUCAUAAUGUCGGCUUAGUCGAUAAAUUGCAAUCAGAUGCUGGACAAUACAUUUCUAUUGUUGACGGAUCAGAUGGUGUACGCCUUUUUCAUUUAGGUGAUAGCCAAUCACAGUCAGCAAUGUAUCCGGAACGACCAUUAGAAACUGUUUAUUCUUAUAUUUCAACAUUUUUUGUUGGUCUUUUAUGGCAUCCUAAUCCAAAACGAAUUCUCUUGAUAGGACUUGGUGGUGGUACAUUUCCAAGAAUAUUUCGACAUUAUUUUCCAAAUACACAUAUUGAUAUUGUUGAGUACGAUAGGGGCGUGCUGUUGAUGGCGAAGAAGCAUAUGCAGUUUGAAGAGGAUAGUCUAAUGAAAGUCUUUAUUUCGGAUGGAAGACAAUUUGUUCAAGAUCGAGCGCAUGAUGGCACGAAAUAUGACAUCGUCUAUUGCGAUGCAUUCUCAGAAAAAGAUGGUUUACCCGUACAUAUGCGUGGUGAAGCGUUUCAGCAAGAACUAAAAGCUAUUCUAAAUUACGACAAUGGUGUUUUGGUCAGUAAUAUCGUUGCUUCUGUUAGUGGAGCAACUAUUCAUGAACGAAUAAAUAUUUUUAAAAGUAUGCAUGAACUUAACUAUUAUUUUGCAUCACAUAUCAAACGCUUCAAUGUUGUACUGGUUUCUGGCAAUAUGAAUAUUAAACGUACUAAAGAACAACUAGUGCACAUAGCACAACAACUACAAAUCCAACAUCAAUUUCAAUCAUUUGAUUUAGUAAAAACAGUAAAUUUGUUUCAUGAGGUUUAA